CUGAAUUUUACGACUGUAGUCUCGGAACUAGGGCAGAAGUAUGUGGGCACAGCGGCUGUCCCGGUUGGCGAUUUGUGUUCACCGUCCGGGGGAAUGUCUCAUUAAAAGCCAAUCAGCUAGGUGGCGCAAUUUGCCCUUGCAGCCGAAGGGCCGGACGGGUCUUGCGUGGGACUCCGGGAUCAGGCCGCUGUGUGCAGUCGGGAGCAGGUUAAGUUACCCCGGCAGUAGAGCUGAGGGAAGCGAAACCCACUCACACCGAAGCGCUUGUACUGACACCACUGAGCCUUCCGAUGGCGCUGGUGCUGAGGCGGAAGUGCAGCUGUUGGAUUUGCUUCCCAGUUUUGAUAUCAAUACCCUGGUCAGUUUGCUGAGGCAGGAGAAUGCCAAAGACCUGUGCGUCAUACGUGUUCCCCCACAACUGAAAUAUACGGACUAUUUUGUGGUUGUCAGUGGAUUCUCAACACGGCACGUUCAAGCCAUGGCGCAGUAUUCUGUGAAAGUGUAUAAAUAUCUGAAAAGAGAGGAUGAGCCACAUGUUCAGAUAGAAGGUGAGGACACGGACGACUGGAUGUGCAUAGAUUUUGGUAAUAUUGUCGUCCAUUUUAUGCUGCCAGAAACCAGAGAAAAGUAUGAACUGGAGAAAUUAUGGACUUUGCGCUCAUAUGAUGAUCAAUUGUCUCAGAUAGCCCCAGAAACCUUACCAUCUGACUUUACCUUUGGACUUACCUCACAGAAAGAUGGAACCAUAGAAUUCCGAGGCACAGAGGUUUAACUGAUGGAUUAAAUGCACUUCUGGCAUAUUGGUGGCUAGGACAGAAGCACACAGGAGUUUUGUUUCAAUCUUGUUUUAGCCUGGGAGAGAACAGUGCAGUCACCUCUACAUUAUUCACUCGUGUGUUCUCUCACUGAAAACAUCUGUAAAAUGUAACAACCUACUGCAUAUGAGAAACACAAUUGAAGGGACUAAGCAGAACCAGACACAGGGCUUCAUGUAUAUUUUAUAUCUGAUUGGUUGUAUUUUCUAUAUGACAUUAAAUUAUGAGGACAAAA